GCCAGAAUCAGCAGCGUUGAAACAACAGCGUAGAAACAACGCGUCUGAGUCCCUCAUCCUGGCUCCUAUCUGUCCAUUCGCCGACCCUUGGAAUACCCCACUUUGGGAUGGACGAAACGAGCCCCCUCGUUUCCCCUCUCCAGGACUCAAUAGAUUACAACUACUGCCAGAGCGAUGCCACCAGUCCGAGAACGCCGGGUUCUGUUGUGCGAGUGUCGGCUGGGAGCCCCGGACGUAGCCGGGAGAGACAGCCGCUUUUGGACCGGGACAGAGGGAACUCUCCGCGGGAUCCACACAGGAAUGAGUUUCCGGACGACCCAGAAUUUAGGGAGAUCGUGAGGAAAGCAGAACAAGCCAUUGAAGAAGAGAUCUUUCCAGAGAGGAUCUGCCAAGGAUCCAGUGGUAGCUACUUCGUCAAAGACUCUCAAGGGGUGAGAUAGACAAGCUUCUAGUUACUAUGGUCUUUCUUUCUAGAGGGGCAGAGGGAGAGUGAGAGAUGUAAAAAUACAGACAGAUAAACAGGGAGGGAGACGGAUAGGGAGAGGAUGCCAUCUCUGUCAUGUUUUAAAAUGCCCUUUGUUUUCAAGUAAGUCAUGUAAUUCAGUUUCAUGCAGCAACACCGUCACAUGAUUUAGCUUACUGUCUGUCUGCUCUGGCAACCUGCUGUUGCUCAUUCUAGCCCUGACAGUGCAGUGAUGUCAUCAUGUUCUGUAUUGAGUUCCAGCAUGUAUCUGCAGUGUUGAUUUUUGGGUGAUGUAGCAUUUGAGGUGAGCAAUUUACACAUGGUGGUUUGUUUCUAGCCCUGGUAGACUUUGCCAUAUAGUAGAUACGGUAUGUAUACUGAACAAAAAUAUAAACGCAACAUGUAAAGUGUUCCCAUGUUUCAUGAGGUAAAAUAAAAGAUCCCCGAAAUUUUCAAUUUUCUCAAAUGUUGUGCACAAAUUUGUUUACAUCCAUGUUAGUGAGCAUUUCUCCUUUGCCAAGAUAAUCCAUCCACCUGACAGGUGUGGCAUAUCAAUAAACUGAUUCAACAGCAUGAUCAUUACACAGGUGCACAAUAAAAGGCCACUCUAAAAUGUGCCGUUUUGCCACAGAUGUCUCAAGUUUUGAGGGUGUGUGCAAUUGGCAUGCUGACUGCAGGUAUGUCCACCAGGGCUGUUGCCAGAUAAUUUAAUGUUAAUUUCUCUACCAUAAGCCGCCUCCGUCGUUUUAGAGAAGUUGGCAGUAUGUCUAACCGGCCUCACAUCAACGGACCACGUGUAACCACGCCAGCCCAGGACCUCCACACCCGGCUUCUUUACCUGCGGGAUCGUCUGAAACCAGCCACCUGGACAGCUGAUGGAACUGUGGGUUUACACAACCGAAGAGUUUCUGCACAAACUGUCAGAAACAGUCUCAGGGAAGCUCAUCUGCGUGCUCGUCGUCCUCACCAGGGUCUUGACCUGACUGCAGUUUGGAGUCAUAACUGAUUUCAGUGGGCAAAUGCUUACCUUCGAUGGCCACUGACACGCUUGAGAAGAGUGCUUUUCACGGAUGAAUCCUGGUUUCAACUGUACCGGGCAGAUAGCAGGCAGCGUGUAUGACGUUGUGUGGGCAAGUGGUUUGCUGAUGUCAAUGUUGUGAACAUUGUGCCCCGUGUUGGUGGUGGUGGUGGGGUUAUGGUUUGAGCAGGCAUAAGCUACGGACAACAAACACAAUUGCAUUUUAUCGAUGGCAAUUUGAAUACACAGAGAUACCGUGACGAGAUCCUGAGGCCCAUUGUCGUGCCAUUCAUCUGCCACCAUCACCUCAUGUUUCAGCAUGAUAAUGCACGGCCCCAUGUCGCAAGGAUCUGUACACAAUUCCUGGAAGCUGAAAAUGUCCCAAUUCUUCCAUGGCCUGCAUACUCACUAGACAUGUCACCCAUUGAGCAUGUUUGGGAUGCUCUGGAUCAACAUGUACGCCAGCGUGUUCCAAUUCCCGCCAAUAUCCAGCAGCUUUGCACAGCCAUUGAAGAGGAGUGGGACACAUUCCACAAGUCACAAUCAACAGCCUGAUCAACUCUAUGCAAAGGAGAUGUCGCGCUGCAUGAGGCAAAUGGUGGUCACACCAGAUACUGACUGGUUUUCUGAUCCACGCCUAUCUGUGACCCAACAGAUGCAUAUCUGUAUUCCCAGUCAUGUGAAAUCCAUAGAUUAGGGCCUAAUGAAUUUACUUCAAUUGACUGAUUUCCUCAUAUGAACUGUAACUGUAAAAUCUUUGAAAUUGUUUCAUGUUGCGUUUAUAUUUUUGUUCAGUGUAGUUCCACCAUGCCAGGCUGGGAGUGUGACUUGGCGGCAUCUCAAAUAUAAAGAAGUUGCCCCCAGACACUGGUCUAAGGAUAGAGACCUUGUAAAAUCCUAGAUGUGCCUUGGGGCAACUUCUAACACAAGCGUGGUGCAAAGUGCAAACAGGCCCAAUCUCUCAAAGAGAUUAGCUGUCACUAUCAGUUCUCAGGCCUAAGCUAAUUGUAAUUUGCUGCCUUCCCUGUAUAGAAAAGGUUGAGACAUACUGUUAUACAGGAGGCCUUUAUGUAAGGCAGGCUGGGAGAGAAUUGUACAGACAUUCUAUGCAUUGUUCACAUGUAAGUAAGAUCGGCCCUAGACAUGUCGGAGUCUUUUUUUUUUUUACCCAUAGAAAAUCAAUUUUGCUUACUCUGUGUUUGUGUACCAUGUAGGCUACUAUCUGUGUGAAGAUGUCGUAACUCAGGAGAAGUCAUGUACUAGCAAUCUGAAUGGCUUAAGGGCCUCCAUUUUCUCUCCAGAGGUAUGCCUAGUAAUAAGCAUCCUCACACUCUUUGAAGAAGAUGGCCACUCCAUUUCCAUUCCCUAGCCUCUCUCUCUCUCUCUCUCUCUCUCUCUCUCUCUCUCUCUCUCUCUCUCCCUGGAUUAUGUAGUCUCUCACUCUUUCCUUCUCUCUCUCCGGUCUCUCAAUUGAACAUGCUCAAUAAACAGUUAUUUUACUCUCCUAUGGACCAGUGAACUAUUUUAGACAACAGAUAUAACCUUAUUACCAGGCACUGCCUCAGCCAAGGUUACAUAGGCUGCGUUCCAGGGCAUCUUUACUGCAGUCAUGGGUGUUUCCUCACGAAACUAGGACAAAACAAUACCAUUAUUUUUUGGGGUUUUCACCAAAUGUAACCCGUGGAAGGUCCUUUCGAGGAAGGAUUAUUGACAUUUAUUUGGCAUUUGUAUCUUAGAGUAUAAUUGAGAAAUAAUUAAUUGAAUUUGGAAUAUUUGUGACAUUUUGUCCUUAUCCAGGCCUCCUUUAACAUAAUGUUUCCUCUGGCUAAAUCCAUUUGAAAUCAAUGACUUUUUGACAGCAUCUCUUUUGAUUUAGACAACUUUCCAUACAUGUUUGCCCAUGGAAGAAGUGGUUAGAAAGUGACUUUUUGGACCUGAAUGCCAAAACAUCAAAGUUGACCCAUUUUUCAUACCCCACCAUACCAUGACACAUACACUACAUGGCCAAAAGUACGUGGACACACCUUCAAAUUAGUAGCAGGUGACCCAAUGUGGGUUUGUGACUAUGAUUUCCCAUUCUGGCAAAAUGUCACAAAUAUUACAACUUCAAUGAAUUAUUUCUCAGUUAUGCUUUAAGAUACAAAUGUAAAAUAUAUGUCAACAGUCCUUCCUCCAAAAGGACCAUUCUAUGGAUUAAAUCUCUUUCGUGAGGAGUCACCCAUAUGUAGCGGAGGCGAGACGGAGUCACGCUUUCAUGUUGAGGUAGCCCUGCCUGCUACUUCACAAAUCAGUGUCACCCUCAGCCCAAGAGGGAAUUUACUCUUGGUCUAAUAGUUAUGGCAUUGUGGGAGACUGGGGUCCAGAUCCCACUCUUAACACAUGAGAAGAUUGCUAAACCAUAUAAAUGUGGUUCCAGAGAUGCUAAACACUUAUCCAGGUGUUGUGAGAUCUCAUCAUCUGGCACAGCCAGCGAAACUGCAUUUAAAACGACCUGGAACGUACCCAUAGAAUAAAAAGCUAGCCUCAGUCUCUGUGCUGCUCCCUCCACAGUGAAUCAUGUGAGGAAACUUAAGUUAAUCUGAUUGACUUUUAAUGGGUUGCGAAACCAUUCCCAUUCCAGCUCGUUAGCCCCAGCCUGCAGGUUCUGUUGUACCAUGAAUCACCCUCUGAUGGCAGAUGUUGUGUGAUGUCACUUCCUCUGACAUCAUCACUCACCUUUUAUGGAUUAUAAGGACUGAGGGGGCUGUCAUGGUUAGAAGAGGGACAGGGUAGACGUUGCCUGUUGGCACAGAUCUAGGGUCAGAUUUUACAUUUACAUUUUACAUUUACAUUUUAGUCAUUUAGCUUUGUUUACCACAUGAUAUGAUCCUCCUGAGCAGUCUUUGUACACAGUAACAGUGUGCCUUUUGAGAUGAACCAACAUCAUUAGUGUGUCGUGAAGAUUUGGGUUGAAAUCUAAAAAUAGUAGAGGAGUGAGAGUGAGCCACUGUGUUCUGUCGAACUUUGUACUCCUUUAAAACUGCAGUGUGGUUUCAGAUGAGAUUGUAUUUUAUUGUGCAGAAAUAUGCUUUGCAUGAAAUACUCCAUAAAAAAGGGAGACAGCCUAAUGAGUUACAUAUGAUGUUUUACUAUUUCAUUUUUCAUAGCUAUAGGAUCAUGUUAGAUGCAUUAUUCUCUCUCUCUCUCACGCUACAAGUAAAGAAUAUUAGUAGCGUGUAACAAGUACCAAUAAUAAUCUGUCUGUCUGUCUGUGUGUGUAGAAGGUCAUCGGUGUGUUCAAGCCUAAGACCGAGGAGCCGUACGGUCAGCUGAACCCAAAGUGGACCAAGUGGCUCCAGAAGCUGUGUUGUCCCUGUUGCUUCGGACGGGACUGUCUGGUCCUGAACCAGGGCUAUCUGUCUGAGGCCGGGGCCAGUCUGGUCGACCAAAAACUAGAGCUCAAUAUUGUGCCGCGGACCAAGGUAGGAAGGGUUACAGGCAGACAUUAGAGCUGGGAUUAUAAACCGACAAUUAUCGACACCGAACAAACCAACAAUUUAUCGAUAAUAACGUAGUCAAGUAGCCUUUACUAGAGGAAUGUAAAGUUUGAAAUUAAGUAGGCCUAAGUCUGCUAAUAUGGGUUAUUGCUAACAGGACUUAAUAAUAAUAAUAUUAAUAAUAAUAACAUUCAAAGCAGCAGGAGGAGUAGUUUUAAGGGUAAUAUAAACAAGUAAGUGAUGCUUAUUAAUAUCAUAAAAUUAUUGUUCAAUGUAUCGUUAUCGUGACAAUUCAGGCAAUUUAUUGUGAUAUGGAUUUUUGUCCAUAUUGCCCAGCUCUAGCAGACACACACACACACACACACACAAAGGAUGUGCUAAUAAUUGACUCUUAUCUCUCGCUCUUUCUUUCUCUCUCUCUCUUUCUUUCUUCCUUUCUUCCUUCCUUUAGGUGGUGUACCUGGCCAGUGAUACGUUUAACUACAAUGCUAUAGACAGAGUCAAGUCUCGGGGAAAGAGGCUAGCUCUGGAGAAAGUUCCCAAAGUGGGACAGCGCUUCCACAGAAUAGGCCUCCCUCCUAAGGUAGGUAGGACUUCUGCCUGGGGUUCAGAACCUACAACUGGGUCCUGUUCAUUAGGCAUGAAACUGGAGAAAACAGUCCAAAACAGUAAGGUACUACCUGAACUUGUCCAAUAAGAAACACUCAUUUAGUUUUUCACUGUACAACGUUUAGAAACGUUUUGCUACAGUGUGCUUUAAUGAACACGACCCUGGUGAUUUCUGUAUCUGCUUUAAAGUUUAGACAACAAUUCAUGCCUCGUAGUGUUGUUGACUAAUUCUUACCAACCAACGGCUCCAGGAGCAGUUGAUUAAUUGAAUCAGGUGUUCUAGUGCUGGGCUAGAACAAAAGCCUGCACACCCCAUGGGUCCACAGGACCAGAGUUGAAGAACACUGCCCUGAAAGUAAAUAAUAUUGUAACACUUAAAUCCUGCAGGUAUAAUCAUUUAAAACGUAUUAUAAGCAUGUAUAAGCCUUUAUAAUGUCUUAGAAUAAUGCUUAUACAUAAUACAUUUCACACAUGGCUCAGGUGGGAUCCUUCCAGUUGUUUGUGGAGGGCUACAAAGACGCAGACUAUUGGCUGAGACGGUUUGAGGCGGAGCCUCUUCAAGAGAACACCAAUCGGCAGCUGCAGCUUCAGUUCGAGAGACUGGUGGUCCUCGAUUACAUAAUCAGGAACACAGGUGUGUGUGUGAUUCAUGUGUGCGUGCAUAGAGAAACUGGUGGUUCUGUAUUUCAUCAUCAGGAACACAGGUGUGUGUGUAGUGGGGAGGAUGUAUGGCUGAAUUUGAUUUAUUGUAGCUUAAUGAUGAUGCUGUUGACACUUGCAGAUCGGGGGAACGACAACUGGCUGUUAAAAUAUGACUGUCCAAUGGACAUGGAAGGGAAACGGGUGAGUAGACUAAUAAAAUAUUAUUUAAACCUAGAGAUUUCAACCUGCAGCAUUAGUUUUAUAGGAACUUCAAAAAAAAUAUGGGAAACUAGAAUGUUUUCCUUUCUUUUUUUCUGUCUGUCUGUCUGUCUGUCUGUCUGUCUGUGUGUGUUUCUUUGUGUAGGACACCGACUGGGUGGUGGUAAAGGAGCCUAUCAUCAGACUGGCAGCCAUAGACAACGGCCUGGCCUUCCCAAUCAAACACCCCGACUCAUGGAGAGCCUGUGAGUCUCACAAACCACACACACAGAGAGACACAGAGAGAGGAACACAAACAAACUACUUUAUUCCUCCUCUGUGUAGAUCCAUUCUACUGGGUGUGGCUGUCCCAGGCUAAGGUUCCUUUCUCUCAGGAGAUUAGGGACCUGGUUCUGCCCAAACUGGCCGACCCCAACUUCAUCAAAGACCUGGAGGAAGACCUCUACGAACUCUUUAAGGUUAGCAGGGGGUUUCAUUUGCCUGGUCGCAGAUCUGUUUUUGCAGUUCUACCAAUUCCUAUGGACAGCACAAACAUAUCUGGGACCAAUAUAUAUAUUUUUUAUGGCCUUGAAGUCACAACAAAGUUAUAUUCUGUCAUCCUCACAACACUGACUGCAUCAUGCCAGCAUUAUUUAAGUAAAGUUGUGUUGUGUGUAUCCUACAGAAGGAUCCAGGUUUUGAUAGAGGGCAGUUCCACAAACAGAUAGCUGUGAUGAGAGGACAGGUGCGUUGUUGGGGGAAUACCUGGACAGUGUCAGUAUUUGUCUUUAUGUUGUCAGACUGUUACCCUGAGUGUGUGUGAAAUUGUACGUGUGCAUGUGGGCGUGUGCGUAUGCUAAGUUAUGCUGAAGCUCUGUAUGUUUCUGUCACCAGAUCUUGAUUAUGUAAAUGCAUGUGUGUGUGUGUGUGUGUGUGUCUGUUUGUGUAAACCUAUGCUGAAACUAUAUGUCUCUACCACCAGAUCCUGAACCUGAGCCAGGCCCUGAAGGAGAGUAAGACUCCGCUACACCUGGUUCAGAUGCCCCCAGUCAUAGUGGAGACAGCCAGAGCACCACAGAGAGCCAACAGUGAGUCCUACACACAGAGCUUCCAGAGCAGGAAACCCUUCUUUACCUGGUGGUAG